UCAGCCAUUCUUCCAAGAUGAGUCGAAGUGGCUGGUGAUAUUGGUGCCGCCAAAGUGGCACAAGCUUCUUAGCUACAUGAGAUUCCAAUUGCAGUCUUUCAGCAGGGAUACGAAAUUAAUAAAACAUGUGAUAAUAAUCACUCAGCUGCUCCGAAACUCUGAGAACAGACCGGCUCUGUUCCACAGCGAGGUAUGGAAUAACGUGCACAUUGAGGACUUGAACCCCAAGACUGGAAGAAUGAAGUCUAUUUCGGAGAUGUCAAAUUUGAGAAAUCUGUGGAGCAGAGAUAUCCCGAGACUGUUCGAUGAUGACAUCCUGGACAUGAACGAGGUGCUGAAUACCUACAAGGAGCAAGUUGUGUGCAACAUAGCUAACCCAUUCCCACGUGAGGAUUUGGGUCCUGUAUUAAAGGACUGUAUGACAUCGGCGUACCUGCAAACUAGGAUCACUUCCGCUCUGACACAAUCUCUGAAAACAACAAGCGACUCACCGAAGUUAAACUGGAUUCAGAAAGCCGCUCUUGACAAAGCAAGAUUAUCAGAAAGCACUUCAUUCCAGAACGUUCUGAUGCUCAAGGUGUCAGACUCCUUGACGAAUGUAGCAGCUAGUAUCAUAUCAGAUAUAGACCGUGAUGGUAACGCAGCCCUCAGAAGUGAAACAUCUCUUACCGUCUUCUGGGAGCAAAUGCUUACUAUGAUGCCCAGUUGGAGUGAUAUUCAUGUCAGUGACCAUAGCUUGUGUAAAAUACAGCAUAAUUUCCUCUGCUCUGACACUAGAGAUGUGCCAUGUCGGUUCCCUUUUUCCUGGCUCGUCAAAGAUAGAUUGGACGAGAUGAGCACUGGUGUAUUCAGACUUAAUGAAGAAGACGAUUUGCUGGAGGACAUGUCAGACAAUUUCGUGUUGGAGUUCAACAAGUGUAAAUUGUAUGAAUUGUUGAGUGGAGCGAGUCAGGACCCUCAGUUAAGACAGGAUUUGAAUGAACGUUAUCUUUCGGACUAUUUGAACAUGGUUUACGCCGCUCAAUCCGACUUAGAAUUCCAGAUUGCUUACAGGAUCUUUGAAGUGCAGCUUCCUGAAGGUUGGCGGGAGAAACAUGUUGCCGAGUGUGCUGUUCUGAUACAGAUAUACCACCUGAGACUUGGUGGACAGAUCCAGCUAGAGGCUCUACGGAAAACUCUUACUGUUUUCGUGCAGGAGAUCAAUAAAGAUAUCAGUUGUUUUGAAAACGCUUCACGGUCAGAACAACCUCUCUUCACCCUUUGUGAGAUCCUCUUAACUGAAAUUGAGAGCUCUAUUGACAACGUCAUGAGGACCAACAACUUUACCAUGCCCAUAAAGAUUAUCAUCGGACUUUACGGCGGACACCCUACCGCGUACGCCAGGCUCAUGAAUGGUUGGAACCGAGUUAGAUUCAAGGACCUGAACAGAAAAUUUGUUGGUAAAAUGAACAGCCUCGGAGUGCCUAAAGUUCAAACUGAUAUUUAUUAUGUCAAAGUAGAACACGAGUUGGAGGCCCUCACGGUCCAGGAGUCUCUUGAGGGAAUUAUUACGCAACUACACGACAUGAUACAACUAGCAGUGGAGGACCUUGCUAUGGACACUGAUAUGAUGAAUAUAAUGUGGGUGUGUACUGUGUGCGGUGAUUUGACUCACGAUCAGGUCGUUACAGCGUGUAGACACGUGUUCUGUAGACCCUGUUUUGAGAACCAGAAUAUGCAAUGCUCAAGAUGCGGGGAUCCUAUUUUUGAAGACUCUCCUCCCAUCCCAGCUGAUCUAGAGGACCUGGUGGCUUUGGUGAGCAAUUGCUGCGGGGAGGCCGUUAGUUUCCUAUCUCAAAUAAUUGUAACAUUCCUGAGUGAACAGAGACUUGACCCCAGAAUUUUGGAAACUCUUGCAACCCUCGGAAAGGGUAGAGUGCGUGAGAACAGAUUGUUAAGGUCAGUAGCGAAUGAUAAGCUAGAAGCCCUACAAACCCUCAUUUUCACCAUGUUCGUCAAGAAUCAACUCACAUAUCGCGAUGACUACAGUGAGUUCAUAUCCCAAUCUUGUCACUUACAAGACCAGACUGUUAACGUUACAACGCUCGCAAAGUUCGUCACCAUCACUCAGGAUGUGGUGAAUACCAGACUAGAUAUUCCCCAACUGAUCAACAUGUACAAUGACUUAGUUGAAUAUGAAGGAGUGGAAUACAUACAGCGCACUGUACAAUCUGUUUCUGGUAUCCGCAGAGUGCUGACGAUCCUAGUAAAAGAAGUAAGUGAAGUGUUGGAUAGGCCUGCCACACCCUUAUCUGUGUACCUGCAAGAGUUGAGGGCUAGUCUCUCCACCAUGCCUCCCAGACAAGUCUACACUCUUAAACUAUUCUUCCUCAAGCAACUCUUCGUUGAUAGAGGAGUGUCAGUGAUCUCCAAGGUUAUGAAGGAUGAUAAUUUGAGUUGGAUAUCACCUGUUGAAGAUGCGGAGACUCAGGAGAACGACCUGUUCACUCUUCUCGGGGCGGGAUACACUUCCUUAAGGAAUGAGUUGGCCGUGAGUAAUGGUACGAACAACGCUGAUGAUGUAGUGGAGAAGAUGGAGGCUGAGGAGUGUACCACUCUACAUUCAAUUGCAGCUACUUACUACGUUCUCAGGAACAGUCCCAUUCCCAACAACAUCAAAGAAUUGGUGCGCGGUACACUAAGGCAAGACAGCGAGAAGAACUGUUUUACAGCUCUUUGUACCGGUGACCCGGAUCCUAACACCCUGUCCGGAGUGGAUCUGAGGAGAGUUGAUCCGUUCAGAGGACCUCUUACUCUGCUCUAUCUGACUCUGCAGAUACGCUGCAAACAUCCCUUCCUUAGACUGCUCGAGAGUAUAAGAAUGUACCCAGAACAAAGUGAGAACAAAUUCCUUCCCGGUAUGAGAGAUAAUAUCCUUUCUGACUUUAUUGGCAAUCUCGCGGAAGGCUCCCAAAAAUGGAAAUGGUAUCGUUGUACUAACGGUCACGCGUACGCCAUCAACAAAUGUGGUCGUCCUAUGCAGCGAGGGAGAUGUGCGUGUGGAGCGGAGAUUGGUGGAGACAACCAUCAGUUUGUAAACAAUACCAAUACCAUGGAGGUUACUGAUGCCAACAAUAUCGGAUUGGAAGAAAAGGGAUACAACCUGCUGCCCCCUGGUGUCCGGUUAUUAACUGACACGGAACGAAGUAUACCUCCUCUACUUCUUAAUAUUAUCAGAUGGUUCAUACACGCAUCAUAUCUCUUAUCGGAAACAGCUGAUCAGUAUAAAGACAGAAUAUUCAAGCUGGGAAACCAAAAUCUAUCCACCUUCCUGCUGGAGAAUAUGCAGCGCGAUCUGGAAGGAAUGAGACUGCAUCUCAAUGCUGGACCUGAUGAGUGCGUGCUAUUCUUGGUGAAAACGAUCAUAUCUCUGACCGUGUCCGCUGAAAGUCGUAACUACAUCUGCAGUUCGAAGCCAGAUAGAAACAACGUGGAAGCGUCGAUAGUCGCCGCAGCACAGCCGCUUCUAGAAAACCCAACGGGUGUGAUUAGAGAUGCUCAGUUGUACGAGUUUGACGACCCACCGGUCCAACUAACCAGCAGUGACUACCAUUGUCGACCUGAACUUUGGAGGAACUCUCAACCGCUCAACCUUACUCUGUUCUGCAACAGCUUCACUAACUCUGUUGCAGCACACGAACAAGACAGAUACCCUACUGUUAAGACUUUUGUUGAUAUUAGGGAACAAGUCCAUCUCCUUGGGCUGUUACCGAAGAUAUUGGACUUCUUCAGACGUCUUCUGUCUCGAUACUCAUAUAAAAGCAGUUUGGAGGAAGCAAGAAAUACUCCAAUAAGAGAUGUUAUCAAGGAUGACCCCAUCUUGGAAGAAGGAUUUGCUGCGUGGGCUCAGGCGUGGAAGGAGAUUAAUGUAGAGAGCACCAAGUUUGCGAUCCCAGAAGCGUACAAAAAUAAGAAGGAUAUCAGAGAUAAUGAGCCACUGUCUCUCUUCCUACCUGAACCUGUUGCUAGAGAAGGGAUAUGUUGUCUCCAUCUGCUUGAUACCCUGAUUGCGUUACACAAUAAGCUUGUUAGACAUACGAAACGCAAGAAUGUCAAACUGUCAGAUAGAUUUCUCAGCGUAGACUACGACCCGGAGAGAACCUACCAUGUUCUUGUUAUAUUCUCAUUCUGUCAGACUCGUCGGUAAACACAGGGAGGUAAGAUUCUCUUACGGAGUAUUUGAGAGAUACCUAAAGGACGAGGUACUGGGCGGGGUACACCCCAUAUUAGACUCCAUCAAGCAGUUCACAGAUCACGACACCUUCAAGAUGACGUACCGUGAGGAUGUCACGUGGUUGGAGCUGUGCAACAAGCUCCACGCUAGGGAACCUCAGCACAGGAUACCGGAUACUAUCAAGAUAGAGUUUGGAGAUAUUAGAGCUGCUAAUGAAGCUAAGAAGGCACUGGCUACUGCUAUCGGCUACAUCAGAGCUGGUCUUGGAAGUGGAUCCCCUAACGAGAGUUUGAUCAGAUUUAUGGAGCGUAUUGGGUCCUUCAAAGAACAUUCCAACUACUCAAUACCAGAUACCCUAAAGAAGUGUCACGUGUUGGAUGCUUGGUACCUGGCCUACUUCUACAAGUCUUACCGCAGCACUUACGAUCCGUUUGAUAGCAUUAAUAUGGUCACUACACCACCUCCUGAGUCUCACGAGUGGUUCACUGGCAAGAAUCAUAAGAUCAUCAAGAUAUGGCUGAUGGAGUUACACCGAUUCCUGAUAGAUUGGAUGGUCCUGAAACCCUCAGAGGAUACGGAAGGUAGUGUUAGUUAUGAAGGUAUGGAGCUAAUGGAAUGUCUGGACUUCUUCAAAGAGAGGACUCUGUUAGCGAGAUCUGAGAACGAGGAACCAGAGUUACCCGAUCUACCUGAGUGUUUGAACUACGAGCACUCGGUAGCUUUCUGGUUGGCUUUAAAGGAAUCUUGCCUUAAAGUUUAAGAAAAAUUAGAAGCACCGGGACAUUGGGACGUGAGAGCCCUGAUAUUGUUUGUUUUUUUUUGUAAAAUUUUACGCUUUUAAUGAUUCACUUUUAAUCCAAUAUGUGAUAAUCACGUAAUGGUCACAUUGAUCGUUUUUAAUCAUUCUUGUUUUUGCAGUGUUUGUGCAACGAACAAUGAACAUGGUGGAAACAUUUUUAUAGAAUUUUUUAAUGCAAAUACUUUGAUCAAGUUAUUCGUUUCUGUAAUAAAAACGGGCAGUCAAUAUCUUCAUACGACUUUUUAUGAAAAUUGUGUUACGUGGUAAUCGUUUUUUCAUAGCAUAUUAGAAUGAAAGGAAUUUUCUUAUUUUCUUAUUUUCUAGAAGAUUUAUUUUUUAAUAUUUUUCGCAAAAUCAUAGUCACUACUGACUAGUACUACUAUACGUUCGAUCUAGUUUUAACUUAAACUGUUUAGUUGGGUCUAGCUUGAAUAUUGAUCGCACUUUAAUUGUUUGGUGUCACUUUAAAUAGUGUUGUUUAGAUAAUCUUAUCGAAAAUAGAUUUGUAUCGCGCUAUCAACCACGCAGUUAUUGAAUUGUUGCGACAUGGUACUGGUACUGGAUAAUAUGUAUUUUAACAGUUGAAUGUUGAAUUGGUUAAUAGUUGAGUUGGUAUAACUAUAAUACUGUACCAUUAUAACACAACGUGCUAAUUGUUUUGAUCAUUAUUGAUCAUGGUAAUUACAACACAAAAGUAAAA